ACAUGAUUUAAGCAUAGCAAUUAGAAUACAUUGGCAAAGUGUGUAAGAUUUUUAAAUCCUUGUGUGUUCUCAGGGCAAUAUUAUACAGUUACAUUCCAUUACCUAUUUAUUAAAUUGGACUUUCAUAUUGCCAAACGAAGUGAUAGCUUAGGUGUGGUUGUGACUAAAAGUGAAUUAUUUUAUUGAUUUGAUAGCUUUGCAUAUAGUUGUACUUCUAUUAAUUGAUCGAAGGCUCUUCGGUUAAACUGAUGGCCAGUAAUGACUGAGUCGCAUAAAGAACAGCAUCCGCUGUUAUGCGAUGAAUACUCUGAUGAAGAAUUUCAUAUACAAGACACCGGGCCAAAGUUUCAAAGGCGAUUUUGCCGUUCGGCUUCCACAGGACGAGCCCGAACGCAUGCAAUAGGAGCUGCUGCUAUAAUUACUAGCUGGCCAGAUCAUAUAUCGUCGCUACUAGCAUAUUGGUGGAUCGGUCUCGGCAUGAUUGCUGUAAUGGUAUUUUUAAUUUAUAACAGCUUUCUUGCUAUAGCCGUGCUUCCAAGGUCUCAAUAUAAUCCUUUGAAAACUAUAAGUACAAAAAAACCUACAGAAAAUAAAUCUUACGAAAAUCUCAAUACACUAAAUAUACACAUGCAUGUUUUCGUUGCAAGCUAUGAUGAAUUCAACAGCUAUGAUUAUAUGCCAUAUGUUAAGGCAUUAGCAAAAAAAUAUCCUAAUUUCAAAUACAAUUUCGUUGUUGUUUUAAAUGACGUAAUUCAAGAUACAGUUAGUGAUUUCAGUGACGAGCAGAAAAAUGAUAUGGCUUUAAAUUUACUGCUGGCGAACGGUAACAUAAUGGAUAAAAAUAAACCAUAUGAGAAUCCUACACUGAAAUUUAUUUCGCUUACUAAAUACAUGGAUAAUUCGCCCGUAAAAAAAAAUUGGCGCCUUCUACCUUAUCAUUUUCUUAGUUUCUUAGUUCGAUGUAUAGCUAUAUGGGAUAAGGGAGGUGUAUCAUUUAAUCCUUUAAUAUUAACCCCAAAUUCACUAAGUUCAGUUUAUUUUGAAAAAUUAUAUAGUGUUCUUGGUAAUAUACAGUCCAAAAAUAAAUUAAUGCCCACUAAAAAAAGGAAGUUAACAAGAAAGACUAAGAAAACGUUUAAUAAUAUUCGUGAUAUAAUAAACGACUUGGAAAAUGGGGAAACGAAUGCCAAUGUUAUUACAGAUAGUCUCACUGAAGCAGAAAACAUUGAGUCGGUCACAAUAACACCUUUGGAAGAAACUAAAAAUGUGGACUUAAUUUUAAUUGAUCAUCCUAUUCUCCCUGAACAAAAAGAUGAAUUUUUGCAUAAAAAUCAUUCUAACAAGAGGCCUAAUACCAAACUAUCUCGUAAUAUACUUGAAACCGUUAAUGUAAUGAAUAGUACUACGGCAAGGGGCAUUGCGGCAAACAUCCUUCCGAAAUUUUUAGAAUCACUUUUUCACUCGAAUUCAAAAAACUUAACGUCAAAUAUGCACUUGCAUGAAAAAAACGACACAACAUCUAAAGUACAUCCAAUAGUUAAUGAUCUAAUAGGCAAAAUUGCACCUGAACUCUCCAAUAAAACUUCCAGUGGAAAUGAAAAUACUAAAGUGAUUAUUGAUUUAAAAGGCAACUUAAUUGCUACAGAAAUAGGUUGUCAUGCUUUUAUAGGAACAGUAUUUAACAACGUUCAACACUAUACUUAUGAAAAAUCUGUAUCUGAUUUUAUUAUUAGUGAAUUGUCUCUCUUUUGUAGAGGAAAUUUAUCAAUUUGUAAUAACGUUGAAGUUCUUUUAUUGUAAGUUUUGUUACAUAUUUUAAUAAAUAGUGAUAAUGAUACACAAACUAUGUACCAAUGUUUUAAUAAAAUCACAAAAAUA